CCGUAACAUUCCUGUGAGUCCGUUUGCAAGAAAAAAUUAUUGUCUAGCAAGAGAAGCAACAUCAUGAGGUGCAAUAACAAUUACUCCACGUUGUUUCUUCUCUCUCUUAUGCUUAUGCUUCUCCUUGCUUCUAAUGUUGUCACUCUUUCAAGCUCGUGCCAAACCGAAUCAUGUGGAAGUAUAAAGAUCCCAUACCCUUUUGGAAUCCAAGAAGGUUGCUACAUCAACGAAUGGUACAAAAUCGAAUGCAGAAACGACACUCUUCCCUUCCUUUUCAAGAUGGGACUAGAAGUUGUGAAUAUAUCUCUUCCGCUUGAGACAGAGAGUAUUUAUUCUUUCAUUUCAUACAGUCCCAGUUCAUACGGGUCAAUCCGUAUCAAAAGCCCGAUAACCUCCGUUGGAUGUUCCAGAGACGGAAAAGAUUCAGAUUCGGUUUUGAAUUUGACGGAUAGUCCUUUUUUCUUCGAGGCUGGAAACAGCCUUGUAGCUGUUGGUUGCAACGGCAAAGCAUCGUUGACCAACAUUGAACCGAUCAAAGUGGGAUGCGAGUUGAAUUGCACUGCAAGAAAAGAGAGGCCACCUAGCAAAAGCAUCCCUUUCUUCGACGAUGACUGGUGUUCUAGCAAUCCGGUUUGUACAAAGAACAAAAGAGAAGAAGAAAGAAGAUGUGAUGGUAAUGGUUGCUGCGAGGAAACUGUAGAAGGUUUUCAGGAUCAACGGGUGAUAGGUGUCGGUAUAGAGAGCUUUGAUCAAGGAAACUCGACACUCGGAAAAUGCAGAGUCGCUUUCUUAACAGAUGAAGUGUACAUGCUAUCGAAUGCAACGAGGCCAGAAAGUUUUUUCUCUAAGGGGUAUGCUACAGUAAGGAUGGGAUGGAUCAUUCAGACGAAUAAUCUUUCUUACAUAAAAUCUUUGGGCUGCAAAACCGCAAAAGAGUACGAGAGUGUUUCAUUUUAUAAAGUUCGCGAAGUGACCUGCAUAUGCAACAGUAUCGCCACUUCUGGGACCAAUUAUGCAAACUGUGGAUGCAACCAAGGUUACAGAGGCAACCCCUACCUCUUAAACGGAUGCAAAGAUAUUAAUGAGUGCCAAGUACGGGAUCCUAAUAGAAAUGAAAGGCGCAUGUACUGCAGAGAUAGUGACACUUGCGUAAAUAUGCCUGGAACUUUUAAUUGCGUGGGAGAUAAGACUGGAGCAAUAAUGAUAGGAGUAGGUUCAGGUUUUGGCGUUUUAGUCCUAGUAGGUGGAAUUUGGUUGUUGAGAAAAUUUCUUAAGAAGAGAAAGAUAACUCGAAGGAAACGAAUGUUCUUCAAACGUAACGGGGGACUAUUAUUACAACAACAAUUACAAACAAGAGAUGGCAACGUCGAGAAGACAAGAAUAUUCACCUCAAGAGAGCUUGAAAAAGCCACUGAAAACUUCAGCGACAACAGGAUACUUGGACAGGGUGGUCAAGGCACCGUGUACAAAGGAAUGCUGGUGGAUGGUAGAACGGUUGCGGUCAAGAAAUCCAAAGUUGUAGAUGAAGAUAAACUAGAGGAGUUCAUCAACGAGGUCGUCAUUCUAACCCAGGUCAACCAUAGACAUGUCGUCAAGCUCAUGGGUUGUUGUCUGGAGACGGAAGUUCCUGUUCUGGUUUAUGAGUUUAUCCCCAAUGGUAACCUUUUUCAACAUAUCCAUGAAGAAUCUGAUGAUUACAGCAUGAUAUGGGGCGUGCGUCUACGCAUUGCUGUAGAUAUCGCAGGAGCUCUUUCCUAUUUGCACUCUGCUGCGUGCUCUCCUAUUUAUCAUCGAGAUGUCAAGUCAACAAACAUAUUAUUGGACGAGAAAUAUCGAGCCAAAGUGUCGGACUUCGGUACUUCAAGAACAGUAACUGUGGAUCAUACUCACUGGACCACAGUUAUCUCAGGGACGGUCGGAUAUGUGGAUCCAGAGUACUACGGAUCUAGCCAAUAUACUGAUAAAAGUGAUGUUUAUAGCUUUGGUGUCAUCCUUGUUGAGCUAAUCACAGGGGAGAAGCCUGUGAUAACCCUACCGGACUCCCAAGAAAUAAGAGGCUUGGCGGAUCAUUUCAGAGCUGCCAUGAAAGAGAACAAAUUCUUUGAUAUUAUAGAUGCUCGAAUAAAAGAUGCGUGCAAACCGGAACAAGUAAUGGCAGUGGCAAAUCUAGCGAGGAAAUGUUUGAACUCCAAGGGGAAGAAACGGCCAUAUAUGAGAGAAGUGUUUGCCCAAUUGGAGAAAAUAUGUUCAUCUCCAGAGGAUCCACUGGUAAAGAUUGAAACUGACAAGGAUGAUGAUGAAGAGGAAGAAGGAAUGAAUAUGAUAGAGAUUGCUGAUUCGUGGACCACUGGCGUUACUGCUCCAGCAUUCAUUAUUGUCCCUUCGCCUUCCUCGUCAGAUGUUAAACCAUUGUUUCCUCGUCCCACAUGGUAAACUAUAAGAAAAUCUGGUAAUGGUGAAUAAAAUUAAUUGAUGGUGUUUUCAAAGAUUGGUGUGAAAAUUGUGGGUACUUGUUAUUCAUUGCUACCAAACUAAAUUUGUGCUGUGUUCUGCAAAUGAUUUUCGAUCUUGUAUAAUAUUUUGUACUUGUAGUAUAUCUAUAGUUUAAGCCUUUAUAGCC